CGAGGCUCCGGCCCUCAGCAUCCAGGGAUGGGCGCCGUCUGAGACCGGUCCUCUCUCCGGGGCGCGUGCUGCCCGAGGCGGCGGCCGAGAGACCGGGAACCCGGGCCGCGGCCCUCCUUCCCCUGCGCGGCCCCUCCCACUCCUGUGCCCCGGGCUGCCACCGCCCGGCGUCGGGGCUCGUCCCUCGCGCGCCGAGCCUCCGCCCUCCGGGCCUAUCCCGCCGUGCUCGGCGGGCGGGCGGACGGGCGGGCGGCGGCGGGAGCAGCUCAGCUGUCUUCACUUCGGUCGCAUCCGCUCGCCUGGGAGCCAGUUCCGCGCCCUGCUCCCCAUGACUGCGGCGCUUGUGCUGCCCCAGUCCCACCGGCCUCCGCUCGCUGCAGGAUGGAUGCGGACUGUGCGGCGCUAACCCCCGUGGCUCCGCUCCCUCCUCGCCCGCCGACGAGCCCGCCCCGCGAGCCGCAGCAGCCUCGGUGCCAGCAGCAGCAGCAGCAGCCGCCGCAGCCGGACUCAGUGUCCCGCGUCGCCCUCGGGGCGCCUUGUCAGUGCUGAGUGGGAGUCGUCCGGUGGUUCCGAGCCCGCCGUGGGAGCGCCGCCCAGCACUUCUUGGUGGCUUUCCCGGGCCACCCUCUUCCCUUUUUCAUUCAUAAAUCCGAGCCCGCGUUCUUCACUCCACCGGACCAGCCAUGUCGGAGGGCGCCGCCGAGAAGCAGAGCGGCACUCCGGGCUUCCUUUCGCCUCCGGCGCCCGUCCCCAAGAAUGGCUCAAGCUCCGAUUCUUCCGUGGGCGAGAAACUGGGGGCCACGGCCGCCGACUCGGGAAUUGGCAGGACGGAGGAAUACCGGCGCCGCCGGCACACUAUGGACAAGGACAGUCGUGGGGCGGCCGCCACCACCACCCCCACGGAGCACCGAUUCUUCCGACGAAGCGUUAUCUGCGACUCCAAUGCCACCGCGCUGGAGCUGCCGGGCCUCCCUCUCUCGAUCCCGCAACCUAGUGUCCCCGCGGCGGUGCCUCCGAGUGCUCCACCCGAGCCGCACCGAGAGGAAACUUUGACCGCCACCGUUGCUUCCCAGGUGUCGCAGCAACCCUCGGCUGCUGCCUCCUUUGGGGAACAAGCCGUUGUGGGCUCGGCCACCGCGACUGUCCCCAGCAGUACCGGCAAAGACCGCCCGGUGUCCCAGCCCAGCCCCGUGGGGAGCAAAGAGGAGCCCCCGCCAUCCAGAAGUGGAAGUGGCAGCGGUGGCGCCAGCGCCAAAGAGCCGCAGGAGGAUAGGAGCCAGCAACAGGAUGAUAUCGAAGAGCUGGAGACCAAGGCAGUGGGAAUGUCCAACGACGGUCGCUUUCUCAAAUUUGACAUCGAAAUCGGCAGAGGCUCCUUUAAGACGGUCUACAAAGGUCUGGACACCGAAACCACUGUGGAAGUCGCCUGGUGUGAAUUGCAGGAUCGAAAGUUAACAAAAUCUGAAAGGCAGAGAUUCAAAGAAGAGGCCGAAAUGUUAAAGGGUCUUCAACAUCCCAACAUUGUUCGAUUCUAUGAUUCCUGGGAAUCCACAGUAAAAGGGAAAAAAUGCAUUGUUUUAGUGACUGAACUAAUGACAUCUGGAACACUUAAGACGUAUUUAAAAAGGUUUAAAGUGAUGAAAAUCAAAGUUUUAAGAAGCUGGUGUCGGCAAAUCCUUAAAGGGCUUCAAUUUCUACACACACGAACUCCACCAAUUAUUCACCGGGAUCUUAAAUGUGACAACAUCUUUAUCACUGGCCCUACUGGCUCAGUCAAGAUUGGAGACCUUGGUCUGGCAACUCUAAAGCGGGCUUCUUUUGCCAAGAGUGUGAUAGGCACCCCAGAGUUCAUGGCUCCUGAGAUGUAUGAAGAGAAAUAUGAUGAAUCCGUUGAUGUUUAUGCUUUUGGGAUGUGUAUGCUUGAAAUGGCUACGUCUGAAUAUCCAUACUCAGAGUGCCAAAAUGCUGCGCAGAUCUACCGUCGAGUGACCAGUGGAGUGAAGCCAGCCAGUUUCGACAAAGUAGCAAUUCCUGAAGUGAAGGAAAUUAUUGAAGGAUGUAUCCGACAAAACAAAGAUGAAAGAUAUUCCAUCAAAGACCUUUUGAACCAUGCCUUUUUCCAGGAGGAAACAGGGGUACGGGUAGAAUUAGCAGAAGAAGAUGAUGGAGAAAAGAUAGCUAUUAAAUUAUGGCUGCGUAUUGAAGAUAUUAAGAAAUUAAAGGGGAAAUACAAAGACAAUGAAGCUAUUGAGUUUUCCUUUGACUUGGAGAGGGAUGUACCAGAAGAUGUUGCUCAAGAAAUGGUCGAGUCUGGUUAUGUCUGUGAAGGUGAUCACAAGACCAUGGCUAAAGCUAUCAAAGACAGGGUGUCAUUAAUUAAGAGAAAACGAGAGCAACGGCAGUUGGUUCGAGAAGAGCAAGAAAAAAGAAAACAAGAAGAGAGCAGUUUCAAACAGCAGAAUGAACAACAAACAAGUGUUUCCCAGGCAGGAGUCCAGCAGCUCCCUGCUGCUAGCACUGGCAUACCCACUGCUCCCACCACUUCUGCUUCAGUUUCUACACAAGUAGAGCCUGAAGAACCCGAGGCAGAUCAACAUCAACAGCUGCAGUAUCAGCAACCUAGUAUUUCUGUGUUGUCUGAUGGAACUGUUGACAGUGGUCAAGGAUCAUCUGUAUUCACAGAAUCCAGAGUGAGCAGCCAACAGACUGUCUCGUAUGGUUCCCAACAUGAGCAGGCACAUUCUACUGGCACAGCACCAGGACAUACAGUUUCUAGUCUCCAAGCACAAUCUCAGCCCCAUGGGGUAUAUCCACCCUCAAGUAUGCCUCGUCGUGGCCGUAGCAUGUCGGUUUGUGUUCCCCAUCUUUCUGCUGUCCCCUCUCUAUCCCGCAUCUCUCCCAGUGCUCCUUCCACCCCACCACCAGUGCUGUCUGCACCUCUUUGUCCUUCCCUCCUUCGGACUGCCCCUGAGGAAACUUUUGCCGAAAAACUCUCUAAAGCAUUGGAGAGUGUCCUGCCUAUGCACUCUGCCUCCCAGCGCAAGCACCGACGCUCCAGCCUGCCUUCCCUCUUUGUCAGUACUCCUCAGUCCAUGGCGCAUCCGUGUGGGGGGACCCCAACAUACCCAGAAUCACAGAUAUUUUUCCCAACUAUUCAUGAACGUCCAGUUUCUUUUUCACCACCUCCCACCUGUCCACCGAAAGUAGCCAUUUCCCAACGACGUAAGAGCACCUCCUUCCUGGAAGCCCAAACUCGCCAGUUCCAACCCCUGCUGAGGACUGUUGGCCAAAAUCAUCUUCCACCUGGUGGCAGCCCAUCUAACUGGACACCAGAGGCCAUAGUUAUGUUGGGCACUACAGCCAAUAGAGUAAAUAGAGAGCUAUGUGAGAUGCAGGUCCAACCUGUGUUUGAGCCAACCCAGAUUUACAGUGACUAUAGACCUGGACUAGUACUGGCAGAAGAAGCUCACUAUUUUAUUCCUCAGGAAACAGUAUAUCUAGCUGGGGUGCAUUACCAGGCCCAGGUGGCAGGACAGUAUGAGGGCAUUUCAUACAAGUCACCAGUACUGUCAAGUCCUAUGAAACAGUUAACUGAACAGAAGCCCGUGCCUGGGUGCCCUGCCUCAAGUUCUGUCUUUGAAUUUCCUUCUGGACAGGCUUUCCUGGUAGGACACCUUCAGAAUUUAAGAUUAGAUUCUGGACCAAGUCCAGCAUCACCCCUCUCUAGUAUUUCUGCGCCUAACAGUACAGAUGCUACACAUUUGAAAUUUCACCCUGUCUUUGUACCUCAUUCUGCACCAGCUGUGUUAACUCAUAGCAGUGAGAACAGAAGCAACUGUGUAUUUGAAUUUCAUGCUCAGACACCAAGUUCUACUUCAGGAGAAGGAGGUGGGAUUUUACCUCAACGUGUUUACCGAAAUCGACAGGUUGCAGUGGACUCAAGUCAGGAAGAACUGUCUCCUCAGUCAGUUGGAUUACAUUGCCACCUGCAGCCUGUUACUGAAGAACAGCGUGAUAACCAUGCCCCAGAAUUGACCAUUUCUGUGGUAGAACCCGUGGGACAAAUCUGGCCAGUAGGAAGUCCAGAAUAUUCCAGUGAUUCCUCUCAAAUUACUUCUUCAGAUCUCAGUGAUUUUCAAUCACCUCCCCCUACAGGGGGAACAGCUGCACCUUUUGGCUCUGACGUCUCAUUGCCCUUUAUUCGCCUGCCUCAGACAGUGUUACAAGAAUCCCCACUUUUCUUCUGUUUCCCCCAAGGAACCACAUCUCAGCAGGUCUUAUCUGCUUCAUAUUCUUCAGGAGGAUCUGCACUCCAUCCACAGGCACAGGGGCAGAACCAGGGCCAGCCAUCAAGUAGUUUAGCAGGGGUUCUUUCUUCACAACCUAUCCAACAUCCUCAGCAGCAGGGGAUACAACCAACUGCUCCUCCUCAACAGGCAGUACACUAUUCACUUCCACAGGCAGCAUCUUCCAGUGAAGGUACUACUGCACAGCCAGUGAGUCAGCCUCAAGUAUCAGCUGGAACACAGAGUACUCAGGGAGUCUCUCAGGCUGCUCCUCCAGAACAAACUUCAGUAACACAGUCACAACCUACUCAGUCUGUUCCAUUGGUUUCCUCUGUAGACAGUGCACAUUCAGAUGUUGCUUCUGGUAUGAGUGAUGGCAAUGAGAAUGCUCCAUCAUCCAGUGGGAGGCAUGAAGGGAGGACAACAAAGCGGCAUUAUCGAAAAUCUGUAAGAAGUCGAUCUCGGCAUGAAAAGACUUCUCGCCCGAAACUGAGGAUUUUAAAUGUUUCAAAUAAAGGAGACCGAGUAGUAGAAUGUCAAUUGGAGACUCAUAAUCGGAAAAUGGUUACAUUUAAAUUUGACCUAGAUGGUGACAACCCUGAAGAGAUAGCAACAAUUAUGGUGAACAAUGACUUUAUUCUAGCAAUAGAGAGAGAGUCUUUUGUGGCUCAAGUGCGGGAAAUUAUUGAAAAGGCUGAUGAAAUGUUAAGUGAGGAUGUCAGUGUGGAACCUGAGGGUGACCAGGGAUUGGAAAGCCUGCAAGGAAAGGAUGAUUAUGGCUUUCCAGGUUCUCAGAAAUUGGAAGGAGAGUUCAAGCAACCAAUUGCUGUAUCUUCCUUGCCACAACAAAUAGGUGUUCCUACCAGUUCUUUAACACAAGUUGUUCAUUCUGCUGGAAGACGGUUUAUAGUGAGUCCUGUACCAGAAAGUAGGUUGCGUGAAUCCAAAGUUUUCACCACUGACAUAUCAGAUCCAGUUGUGGCCUCUACAUCUCAGGGCCCUGGAAUGAAUUUAUCUCACUCUGCUUCAUCCCUCAGUCUCCAGCAGGCUUUUUCCGAACUGAAACAUGGUCAGAUGACUGAAGGACCUAAUACAGCACCUCCAAAUUUUAAUCACACAGGACCAACAUUUUCUCCCUUUAUUGCUAACAUUGCUGGUGUCCAAACUGUAGCAGCAUCCACACCAUCAGUAUCAGUCCCUAUAACAAGCAGCCCUCUUAAUGAUAUUUCCACAUCAGUGAUGCAGUCUGAGGCUGUACUACCCACUGAAAAAGGCAUUGUGGGAGUUACUACCAGCACGGGUGUGGUAGCUUCAGUCGGACUCACCACAUUGUCUGAGUCACCAAUACCUUCCAGUGUGGUUUCAAGUUCUACAGUACCUGCAGUUGUCACUGUAUCUACACCAUCCCAGCCAGUUCAGGCUUCCACAUCUGGGAGCAUUGCUUCUAGUACAGGCAGUUUUCCUUCUGGAACAUCUACAGCUACUACAGUGGGUAGUGUGGCAGCCCCAAAUGCUAAGACUCCACCUGUAUUAUUGCAACAGGUAGCAGGCAAUACUGCUGGGGUAGCCAUAGUGACAUCAGUCUCUACUACCACUCCAUUCCUAGGCAUGGCUUCACAGCCAUCCCUUCCACUUAGUAGCAGCACCUCUGCUCCUACUCUAGCUGAAACAGUGGUGGUUAGUGCACACUCACUAGACAAGGCAUCUCACAGUAGUACAGCAGGAUUGGGUUUGUCCUUUUGUGCACCAUCUUCUUCUUCCUCCUCUGGAACAGCUGUGUCUACGUCUGUUUCUCAGCCUGGAAUGGUUCAUCCUUUGGUCAUCUCAUCAGCUGUAGCUUCUACACCUGUCCUCCCCCAAGCAGCAGUACCUACUUCUACACCUUUAUUACCCCAAGUACCUAGUAUCCCACCCUUGGUACAACCUGUUGCUAAUGUGCCUGCUGUACAGCAAACGCUCAUUCAUAGUCAGCCUCAACCAGCUCUGCUUCCCAACCAGCCUCACACACACUGUCCUGAAAUGGACGCUGAUACUCAAUCUAAAGCUCCUGGGAUUGAUGAUAUAAAGACUCUGGAGGAAAAGCUGAGAUCUCUCUUUAGUGAACACAGCUCAUCUGGAACUCAGCAUGCUUCUGUCUCCCUAGAGACACCUUUAGUAGGAGAGACGACUGUCACACCAGGCAUCCCUACCACUGCUGUAGCACCGAGUAAACUCAUGACUUCCACUACAAGUACUUGCUUGCCACCAACCAAUUUACCAUUAGGCUCAGCUGGCAUGCCAGUUAUGCCAGUAGGCACACCUGGGCAGGUUUCUACUCCAGGCACACAUGCUUCAGCCCCAGUCAGCACUGCAGCAGGAGCAAAACCUGGAGCAGCUCCCUCAAAGCCAUCUUUAACUAAGACUGUGGUGCCGCCAGUGGGUACUGAACUUUCAGCUGGUACUGUACCCUGUGAGCAGCUACCACCUUUUCCUGGACCUUCUCUAAUUCAGUCCCAGCAACCACUAGAAGAUCUUGAUGCUCAAUUGAGAAGAACACUUAGUCCAGAGACUAUUACAGUGACAUCUGCAGUUGGUCCUUUGUCUACGAUGUCGUCAACAGCAGUUACAGAAGCAGGGACUCAGCUUCAAAAGGAUGGCACAGAAGGUCAUGUCACAGCAACUAGUUCGGGAGCUGGUGUUGUUACGAUGGGGCGGUUUCAGGUUUCAGUUACAGUGGAUGAUACCCAGAAAGAGCGAAAAAAUAGGUCAGAAGAUACAAAGUCGGUUCAUUUUGAAUCUAGCACAUCAGAGUCAUCAGUUCUUUCAAGUAGUAGUCCAGAGAGCACCCUGGUAAAGCCAGAGCCUAAUGGAAUUACUAUUUCUGGCAUCUCCUUAGAUGUCCCAGACAGCACCCAUAAAGCACCUACCCCAGAAGCAAAGUCAGAAGCAGGGCAGCCUACCAAGGUUGGACGUUUUCAGGUGACAACUACAGCCAACAAAGUGGGUCGUUUCUCUGUUUCAAGAACUGAGGACAAGGUCACAGAGCUCAAAAAAGAGGGACCAGUGACCUCUCCUCCUUUCAGAGAUUCAGAACAAACUGUUAUUCCUGCUGUGAUACCAAAGAAGGAGAAGCCUGAGCUGGCAGAACCUUCCCAUCUGAAUGGGCCAUCUUCAGACCUGGAGGCUGCCUUUCUAAGUAGGGGUACAGAAGAUGGUUCAGGUAGUCCACACUCUCCCCCUCACCUGUGUUCAAAGAGCCUUCCCAUCCAGAAUCUAAGUCAAAGCCUUAGUAAUUCAUUCAACUCCUCUUACAUGAGUAGUGACAAUGAGUCUGACAUUGAAGAUGAAGACUUAAGGUUAGAACUACGACGACUACGAGAAAAACAUCUUAAAGAGAUUCAGGACCUGCAGAGUCGCCAGAAGCAUGAAAUUGAAUCUUUGUAUACUAAACUGGGCAAAGUUCCCCCUGCUGUUAUUAUUCCCCCAGCUGCUCCCCUGUCGGGGAGAAGAAGGAGACCUACUAAAAGCAAAGGCAGCAAGUCUAGUCGCAGCAGCUCAUUGGGCAAUAAAAGCCCACAGCUUUCAGGUAACUUGUCUGGUCAGAGUGGAACUUCAGUCUUACACCCCCAGCAGACUCUCCAUCCCCCAGGCAACAUCCCAGAGACUGGGCACAACCAGCUGUUACAGCCUCUUAAGCCAUCUCCCUCCAGUGACAACCUCUAUUCAGCCUUUACCAGUGAUGGUGCCAUUUCAGUACCAAGCCUUUCUGCUCCAGGUCAAGGGACCAGCAGCACAAAUACCGUUGGAGGAACAGUGAGUAGCCAGGCUGCCCAGGCUCAGCCUCCUGCCAUGACUUCCAGUAGGAAGGGCACGUUCACAGAUGACCUGCAUAAGUUGGUAGACAACUGGGCCCGAGAUGCCAUGAAUCUUUCAGGCAGGAGAGGCAGCAAAGGACACAUGAAUUAUGAGGGCCCUGGAAUGGCAAGGAAGUUCUCUGCUCCUGGGCAGCUGUGCAUUUCCAUGACCUCAAACCUGGGUGGCUCUACCCCCAUCUCUGCAGCAUCUGCUACCUCUCUAGGUCACUUCACCAAGUCCAUGUGCCCCCCACAGCAGUAUGGUUUUCCAGCUGCCCCAUUUGGCACUCAGUGGAGUGGAACAGGUGGUCCAGCACCACAGCCACUUGGCCAGUUCCAACCUGUAGGAACCACAUCCUUGCAAAAUUUCAACAUCAGCAAUUUGCAGAAGUCCAUCAGCAACCCCCCAGGUUCCAACCUACGGACCACCUAGUCAGCAGCAAGGAUGUUAACUGAGUAGAUUUGGGGGCAGGAAAUGGAAUGCUGGGGGGUGGGGGGUGGGGAAGUAGCCUAUAUACUAACUACUAGUGCUGCAUUUAACUGGUUGUUUCUUGCCAGAAGGGAAUGUUUUUAAUACCAUUUUGAGCCCUCAGAAUGGAGAACCACCCUCCUUCUCCAUUUGUUGGAGUUAAAAAAGGAGAAAACAGCUUUCUGGUGGAGGGGCUGCCUGAGACUGCUUUUCUGUUUUUGUACCCACCAGUAAGGCCUAGAGCUAGAAGAGAGCCUUGUUACCAGAAAGCCCCAAGAGCUCAAUGUAAGCCAAACCCGAUAUGUAUCUGUAAGUGGGUAGAGCUCUUUAUUUUACAUGUGCCCCAAAUUCCUUAUUCCCUCAACAAUGCACACCUUAAGACAAAAAGGUUCUCUCCCACUCUGAUCGCUACCCCUAAUUUUUUUCCUUUUACAACCUAGUGAAAAACACCAGGGGACUGGGGUUGCAACCCUUUCUUACAUAGGUCACUAAUGCUUUAAGCAAAAGAUACUAGCAGCUUUGACUGCAGCAUUAGCAAUUAGGGAAGACAAUGACGUUCCCUGCGGACAUGUAACUUUGCCAUCAGUUUUGAUGUGGAAACACUGUGAUAUAUAAAUGUUGUUGGACAACAUUAGUUUUAAGAGUAAAAUUUGAAAGGUUUAAAAGGUUCACAUACACAUACACAAAAGCUAGCUCUGUCCUUUACUUAUUAAGACACUUUAACUUUUCCUUUGUAUUUCCAUUGUAUUAGAUAAAUAAAUGUGAAUGUAAAAUUGUAUAAAUUACUGUACUUGAAUACUUCUGUUCUCCCAGUAUUGCUUGCUGGAUAUUUUAGUGCCUUGGACUUCUAUUGCUUCUGCUGUUAGCAUCAGCUUACCAGACCCCAGGUCACCAAAGGGUAUGUGGGAAGAAAUCUUAGGUCCACAUGACCCCAGCAGUGGGUAUGCCAAAGGGAAGAUGAAAGUGUUUUUGGUUUUGGUUUGGUUUAUUUUUUUUGUUUUGUUUUUGUUUUUGUUUUUGUUUUCAGUUGUUCAACAGUUUUGCCUAGAGCAGGUAUAAGAUGAGCACAGUGAAGUUGGCAUCAGUGGUGGAAAACAAAGUUCUGUUUCAGAAAGAAUGAGGAGGGUUGUGAGCUGUGUGAGAGACAAGGACUGAGAUAUGGGAGACGAGCUUGUUUGACGUAAUGCCUGGCCAGUGAACAAACAAGACCUAGAAGAAAUUAAACAAAAUGAGACAGGAGUGGGCUAGAUUUUAAGUUGGGAAGGAUGACAGUGCCAAGUCACAGAUGGAAAAAUGUUGCUCUAAGGAAACCUGCUUGGUUGCCCCCACCUCGUUGCACAUGUACCACACAUUUCUCUGCUUUAAGUACUGUAUUGUGGGAAUGACCCACUUCUGACUUUCUAAGCAUUGUAGGAAAAAGUGCUUAUUUCCUUUCCUACCCCUGUCCAAAUGGCUGCACAGUCAGAAUCUAUUGUGCUGCCUGUACUUCUCUAUUAGAACUAAUACUCUCACAUUUUCAUACCCAUAUCCCCAAAUAACAGCAACCAACCAGUAUUAUCUAAUUUUCUGGCAAUAGGGACCUAAUUGGUUGUUUGGGAUCUGAAUAUUCUGGAAAAGUGGAGAAAAAAGAACUCAUCAUUUCUUGGGUGCUUCCUCCUUCACCUUGAGUUGGGAACUGACACAUUUCCAACUUUAUGACACAUCCUAGGAGUUGCCACACUAACACGGCUUCUUCCUUUAAGAGUCCUAUUCUUUUUAAGUUGAUUGAGGCCCAAAGAUACAAGCGAGAGCUCAAAGUUUUAGGAGAGGGAAGUGUCAUGAGCAGGGCUUUUGUUUCAGGUCCUGCUACCAAAGUGUUGACUCGUUUAUUCCUUUUGGGAGAGGGUAAAAGGUACUGUGGGAGUGAGGCGGGUUGCAGGAUGACUGAGUGCUUCAUACCAGCAGUAGAGGGAGCCAAAUGCAGCAUGUGGUAUUUGGUUUUAGUCAUUUUGAGGUCUGUUCCCCCUUCACGGAGGUUUACUUACUGUUGAUUCCCCUCCUGUGGAUGAAAAUAACUGAAGCCUAGAGAAACAAGCUAGUGCUACUGAACUGUUUAAAUUAUUUUUGUGUUAAUAGUACACUUUGAGUAUCUUUUUCCACAUUUAAAAAGAACUUUCCGAAUUAUAAAUGUUUUCCUUACGUUAUUUAACAAUGUACACUGUUUAAAACUGAAUUCAAACCUUGGGGUUCUCAGCAGCCGUUAACUGUACAUUUUGCACUAACUCCGGGUGUUGCGCUUCUUGUAAGAUUGCGCUUUGUGCUUCAGUUUGUUACCUUUGUAGACUUAUUUAAUGAAACCAUUCAAAUAAACCAAACUUGCUUUUGUUGAA